GCACUGUUGCGAGUGAUAGAUUAGGCAUACAUUGUUGGUUUUCUUGCGCAAUCCCAGGGAUCGGCGUGGAGGAAUCGAUCGGGCAUUUGAGCGCCACUGCAAAUCGAGGCGCUGCUGCGAGCGCGCACGAAUCCGGUGAAGAGGUACGAGAAAUCUCCAGAUUUAACCUCGGGGCAGCAGGAUUGGGAUAUUUGGAACGAGCUAGAUCUCUGUGAGCUCGAUCUGCGAUAUUUCGAUCAUUCCUGGCGCUAGAUGCUGCUGUGAGGAUCCAGCAUCGAUAUUGCGAUGGCUGUUUCCAUGAAGAACGUUGAUCCGGCCUUCCAGGGCAUUGGACAGAAAGCCGGGCUGGAGAUUUGGAGAAUCGAAAAUUUUGUUCCUGUCCCUCUGCCAAAGUCUGAUCAUGGAAAGUUUUACACUGGUGAUUCAUAUAUCAUCUUAAAAACUACCGCAUUGAAGAGUGGAGCUCUCCGGUAUGAUAUACAUUUCUGGCUUGGCAAAGCAACAAGUCAGGAUGAAGCUGGCACUGCUGCCAUAAAAUCUGUAGAGCUUGAUGCAGCCUUGGGAGGACGAGCUGUUCAAUACAGGGAAGUCCAAGGAUCCGAAAGCGAUAAGUUUUUAACUUAUUUCAAGCCGUGUAUUAUUCCACUCGAAGGUGGCUGCGCUUCCGGCUUUAAAAAGCCGGAAGUCGAAAAGAUCGAGCCGCGGUUGUUUUGUUGCAAAGGGAGGCGAGUCGUUCGAGUAAAAGAGGUGCCAUUUUCGAGAUCGUCGCUCAAUCACGACGAUGUGUUCAUCCUGGAUACAGACGUGAAGAUUUAUCAGUUCAAUGGCGUCAACUCAAGCAUUCAAGAGCGAGCAAAGGCCCUGGAAGUUGUGCAGUUUAUCAAGGACAAUGAUCACGAUGGCAAAUGCGCAGUUGCUAUUGUUGAGGAUGGAAAAAUGGCUGCUGAAGCGGAUGCUGGCGAAUUUUGGGGAUUGUUUGGAGGUUUUGCACCCAUUGGCAAGAAAGCUUCGAUCAAGGAGAACGAAGACGAAGAUCCUGGCAGUGGAAAGCUGUUUAUAUGUCUCGUGGAUGGAAACGUGCAAGAAGUCAGCGCUAGUCCCCUGCCGAGAGAGCUUUUGGAAACAGACAAGUGCUACUUGUUAGAUGGUGGACCUACAGUAUAUGUUUGGACGGGUCGUGCCACCUCUUUAGACGAAAGAAAGUCUGCGUCCAAGGCAGCGGAGGAAUAUAUUGCUAAGAAGCCAGAAACAACACGAAUUACACGAGUAAUCGAAGGCUUUGAAACUCUGCCGUUUAAAUCUUAUUUUGGCGAAUGGACAACGGCUGGAGGUGCUCCUGUGGUUUCAGAAGAAGGCAGAGGAAAAGUUGCGGCUUUACUCAAGCAGCAAGGCGUGGAUGUCAAGGGACUUCUGAAAGGUGCUUCUGUCAAGGAAGAUGAACCAUCCCUUUUUAACUCCUCAGGAAAAUUAGAGGUGUGGCGGGUUGAUGGAAAGACAAAGACUCCCGUCCCUUCGGAAGCCCAUGGGCAUUUUUAUUCUGGUGACUGUUUUGUUGUGCGUUACACUUACCAAGGAGAUCAAAAGGAAACAGAGUGUUUUGUUUGCUGCUGGCUUGGAAAUCAAAGUACAGAGGAAGAUCAAAGCUCAGCAUUUUCUCACGUUGAAGAGAUCUCCUCUUCUUUUAAAGGACGUCUAGUACAAGCCCGUGUUUUUGAAGGCAAGGAGCCUUCACAGUUUUUUGCGUUAUUUUCAAGCCUGGUCAUUUUCAAGGGUGGUCAGAGCUCGGGAUACAAGACACUUGUAUCAGAGAGUGCGUCGGAAGACGAAACAUACACAGAGGAAGGUCUUGCUUUAUUUCGAGUACGUGGAACAAAGCCUUACAACAGUCUGGCCGUCCAAGUUGAGCCCGUUUCUGCCUCGUUAAACUCCUCGGACUGCUUCAUUUUUCAGUCUGCUAAGACUUAUUUGCUAUGGUUUGGAAGUUUCAGUACCCUUGAGGAACAACAAGUUGCCGCACGAAUUGCUACGUCAUUGAAGAGUGAAUCAUCUCCCAAGUCAUUGAAAGAAGGUUCUGAGCCUCCUACAUUUUGGAAUGCUCUUGGAGGAAAGAAGGUAUAUCCCAGCCAGAGAGAACUUGUUGACUCCGAUAAGGAUCCACGCUUGUUUGAGUACACAAGAAAGCCAGGCAAUCUAUUGUUUGAAGAAACUUUUAAUUUCACUCAAGACGAUCUCCUGAGUGACGACAUCAUGAUCCUUGAUACCCGGUGUGAACUGAGUGUUUGGAUUGGUCAAAACGUUAGUCCCAAGGACAAGAAACAGGGAUUGGCAAUUGCCGAGAAAUACGUUGAGCGGGCCAAUAGACUUGAUGGUCUUUCCAAAGACAUCCCAAUAUUCAAAAUUCUAGAGGGCAGCGAGCCAGCAUUUUUUACAAGACACUUCGCCUGGGAUCCAUCAAAAUCAGCUGCCUAUGUUGAUCCCUUUGAGAGACGACUCGCGGCGCUACAGGGCAGACCAGCGCAAGGGCACGAUACGCCUCCAAAGAAACGAACAGCUACCAAUGGUGCCAACGAACCAAAACUCGACGCGGAUUCGUCAUCUCCCAUGGCGUCCUCUCAAAGACAAUCGCCCCUCACACCCAGGCCAUCUUUCACGCCGAGAAAGUCACCGGUCGAGAGCAAGGAGCCAUCUCCAGAACCUGUGGUGGAUCCAACUCCUACAACUUCCGAGAGCUCAGACGCUCCACCACCUCCUGCGGCGACUGGGCCUUUCAGCUAUGAGAUCCUCAAGGUAAAAUCCUCGAGCAAUCCUCCUGGAAUCGACGUGACAAAACGAGAGAGCUACUUAUCGCCCGAGGAAUUCAAGAGCGUUUUCGGCAUGGAAGUGGAUCAGUUCCGAGCACUGCCAAAGUGGAAGCAAGAUCAAUACAAGAAAGCAGCGGAUCUCUUCUGACUUUUUGUCCUCUCUUCUUUUUUUUUCCAUCCCAUCUUCUCAUCUUCUCGAGGUUGGCAUUGUCUUCGUGGAUUAUUUUUUUCUUCCUCUCUUCUCUUUCCCAAGGUGAGGUUUUGACAAAGUUUUUGGCGUUGCGAGUUGCGAGACGAGAUGUAAAGUAAAAUAAAUACAUAAAAAAAAAGCGUCCUAGUUUUAUGUAGUAG